AUGACUACAGACACUCCCAAACAAGCGUCGUCUUUCGAAAAUGCUAAUCAGCAUGAAAUCGAUACCCUAAUUCUUGAUACGGGUCCCAUCAUCAAGAAUGUUUGCUCACCUCAAUCCCUUCUCGCCAAAGCUGGAAACCUCGUUACCCUUCCGUCCGUCGUUUCUGAAAUCCGCGAUGCAGCUACCCGUUCUCGCUUUGAAACACUUUGGGCGCCGUUUCUAAAAUAUCGUUCUCCAAAACCGGAGAGUAUAAGAUAUAUUUCCCAAUUUGCGAAGAAGACAGGCGACUAUGGCGUCCUUGGCGCAACUGAUUUGCAGGUGCUUGCAUUGACGUAUGAGGUCGAAUGUGAGAAGGUUGGUGGUGUCGAAGAAUUUGAAAAACGGUUGAAAAAGAAGGAAGAAGAAAACAAUGCGAGGAAGAAUGGUAGAGCAAAGAAGAAUAGACGUCGAGGCGACAGAGAGAAGGCGUCGAGCGGCGACCGAAUUGACAAUCAAAUCGAGAGUGAAACUAGAGAAAUACAAGGGGACGGCGACGAAGGAUCCGGAUGGACGACGAUACCGACAUCUCGGAAGAAUAAGAAGCCAACUCCCUCUAGCUCUGUUCCCAGAAAAAAUGCAUCAAAGUCUGCUAUUACCACAGAGCUCCAGUCUGCUGUUGUUACAGAGACCCAGCCUGCUAUUGUCACGGAGUCCCAGCCUGCUCCGAUAGAAGUAUCUGCUACCACCCAAGCUUUGGAAGCCCUUUCCCUAGAAUCGCAACCCGAACCGCAAACUAUCGAAGAAAUAGAACCAGAGAUCACAAGUGAGUCUGAAGACGACUGGAUUACUCCGGAAAAUCUUGCUGUUCACCUUAUUUCCGAUGGCACCGUCUCAAAACCUGCUAAAUCGACUAGCCAAAUUAUGACGGCCUGCUGUACUACCGAUUUUGCAAUGCAGAACGUUCUCUUACAGCUUCAUAUCCACCUUUUCUCUCCAACGACGAUGAGUAGGAUUACGUCAGUUAAAUCACAUGUUCUUCGCUGCCACGCUUGCUUCAAAGUUUGCAGGGAAAUGUCACGGCAGUUUUGCCCGUCAUGCGGUCAACCUACAUUAGCCAAAGUAACUUGCUCGACUGAUGCUCGAGGAGUCUUUCGAAUCCAUCUGAAGAAAAACUGGCAGUGGAAUAAUAGAGGGAAUGUGUAUAGUUUGGCUAAACCUCAGCACGGAACGGCGAGUAUGAAGGGUGUGCGUGAGAAUGUUGUCCUUUCUGAGGACCAGAGGGAAUAUGAGAAGGCUCUCAAGGAUAGUAAAAGAUAUAAAGAAAGAGACUUGAUGGAUAUGGAUUACCUACCAGGCUUACUUACCGGUGAACGGCUCGGGCACGGUGGAAACCCCAAAAUUGGGGCGGGAAAGAAUGUUAAUGCUCCAAAGAGAGGGGGUAAGUAG